ACGUCGGCGACGAGCUUGCAAGUCGCGCGCUUGGCUCCGAACUCAGCCGACACCUUGUCCAGGUUUACUUCUCCUCGGUCCACUUGACACUCCCUGCAAUCAGCCCAGAGGCAUUCUACAUGUCGUGGCAACAAGCUGGUGAGCGUUCAGACCGCAUGACCCCCGCACAGGAGGUCCUGUGCGCGGUGAUUGAGGCAUGGGCUGCCCGAUUCUCAGACCACCCGGUCGUUCUGGGGAUCGGUCCGAAUAAACAGCACAACCCCAAAUUAAUUUUAGCGCCUAAAUCCGGCGAAAUUGACUCUCUAAUUGAUCAAGCAGAAUAUGGGCAGAAGCGUCUUCGCGUGUGUUUUGCACUCGUGGAGCGCGCACGCAAGCUCAUUGAUGAGCAUGGAAUUCUUCGUAAACCUAGUUUGACGGGCGUGCAGGCUCUCGCACUGUUCACACAACUUCAGCACAUGACCGACCAUAACCCCGACGCCCCAGAGCAUCUCAUGGAAAGUGAGAUGCUUCAUACCAUGUUAGUGCAGCAACUUCGAAAACUGGAUGGCUGUUGGGUCGCGGAAGGUAGCGUUCCCAUCUCCAAAGACGAUGGCCCCACAACUGCCCACGAGCAGCGGAUCAAGCAACGCCGACUGUGGUGGACCGUGUUCAUUGCCGACUCGUUCUGGGCGGCAGGGACGUGCUCCAAACCUGUCAUUCCCGAGGAGGACAUCAAGGCCUCACGAGAAUGGCUCGAGGCCAUCAACCCCGGUAAUAUGCCAUCCAGCUUCGAGUCGAUGGCCUUUUUCAUGAGCUGCUUUCAUCACAUUGCCACUCUCACGCGCGCGGUCGCCAACCAGCUCGCCCUCCCCUGUAAACGUCCCGGCCGCGUCGAUGUCGCCGAGUUCUGCAAGAACACGCGUGUCAUCUGGAAAGGCGUGCGCGACCUGUAUCAGGAAAUGAACGGCAAGGUCGAGGAAGUUCUCUCUCUCGCCAAGGAGGAGAUCUUGGGCUUCUCGCCGGUCCAUCAAUUCUGCAGUCUUCGCCUGGCAACGACCUACAUUCUUCUGAUCAUGCAGCAGAUUAUCCAGCAGUUGCUCGACUUCCGCAAGCGUCUUCACGAGGCGUACAUCUUCGACGACAACGUUCCGCUCCAAGCGCAGCCCGAAGCCGCCCGCGUCUCGGCGCUAAAGGAGCUGCACGCCCAAAGCAUUGAUAUUCUCCUUGCCAACGUUCGCGCUCAAACCCCUUUGUUCGAGACGCUUCAUCCUACUGGCUUCAUGCAAGGUGCCUCGAUGAUUGCGCGCGUGUCCCUCGCUGCUGCGCAGUUCCUCUCCGAGGUGCCCACAAACGAACAGGGUUAUCCGAACCACACCCGUGGCGGUGUCGACUGGACAUGGGAGAACAAGCAGGCCGAGGUGGACAGCUGUGUCAAGGCGUUGCGCCAGCUGGGCUGGGCGUGGGCCGAUGUUUCACCUGUUCUCAGCAAGAUCAAAAUGAAUAUGGCUCGGAUGACACCAUCAGACGAGUCUUUGCUGUCAUACGCCUUUGAGGCGCAGAACAUCUCGGAGAGUGCCGCCCAGCAGGCCGCCAGGCGUAAAUCUGACGGGCGUCGCGAUUCACAAGCCCUGGACGCCGUACUUGAAUUCUGGCCACCAGCCUCCGUUCCGAAGAAGCUUCGCCACAUGGAUGCUGAGCAGUACGCCGUCAGGCGGCUGCGCGCGCUCGACUACGGCCGCGGUAACUUUGAAUAUCAGCCCAUUCCCCUCCAUGGUGUUUCCCUAGAGGCACCAGUGAGCUCCAGCUCGCUUAACGGUGCGACCAACGAAACCCCCGUAUCCUUGGCGUCUGCCAUGAUGAACGCAACACCUCGCCACUCGUGUCCGUUCUCUCACAACCCCCUUCACCCCGUUAGCGAGGAUUAUACCUUCGGUUCAUCAGGAGGCAUCGGAUCCUCGACAGCUGCGGGAUGGGCUGCACAUGGUGCUGGCAUUCCUACUCCUGGACCUGAGCCUGAGCAGGAGGUUGUGCUACCGGGAAGCGACCUCGCAGAUUUUGCCGACUUCACGGACGCCAGGCUCCAAGCAGAUCUUGAAAGCUUCUUGGAGACGUUCGUCGGGGGGAUGCAAGACAUGGGUGAGCCCCCCCAAUGAGAAGAUGGUGAGCGAGAAGGGGAUGGGCGGCUAUGGCGUGAAAGAGAAGGAGGAAGGGCGAAGGAGUCUUGUUCUGGUCAUUAUUGUGUGAAACCGUGCUGUGUCAUGUAUUCUAGCAACAUAGAUGUGUGUAACAUGUACAAGAGUUAUAGAGUGACAUGGACUCCCUGCUCUGCG